CAUUUUUAACAUUGGAUUACGACAGCAAUUUGACAAUUUGAUGCAGAUUAUGGUGACGUUUAUCAUAAGAUGCUGCGGCUUCUUUGCUCGCAUAUUCGUCACCCAAAUAAUAAAGUAGACUGAUCCACUAAAAUAACGAAAUUUUCUGUGACGGCUCCAAUAACGUCAAAAGAUUUCUCAACUAACUUUUAAGUUUAUCUGCAUAUUAUUCCAACGACGCGCACAACCAGGUUUAGCUCCCUGUUUGGUUGGACUAUCAUUGCAACGUCGAAUUUACCAUCGGGUCAUGUCUUUGACCUCUUUUCAGUGUGUGUAUUACAUUGUCAUUUCUAUUGAUCAUCAAAUUCAAAGAUACCUGUAUCACCAGAAUCCGACAUAUUGCCGUACGAUUCACGACGCUCUGCUCGUCGCCUCUGGUCUAUUGGCAUUUGCGAUAGAAAUCUUGGUGUUUGAUAGCAUUUAUCCUGAUCUUCGCUUUGUCCUUCUUCGGAUGUGAUGCUGAGUCGUUCCAAAAGCUCAGCACU